AACACUUAGCUGCGUCUGUCAUUGUUAAUCGCUGUAUCUUCACUGACCCAUUUACAUUGUGUGGAAACUUCCUGAUGAAUCAACAUGAGCAGAAUCAGUUAUGUGCUUCCUGGCCACAUCAGUUUUCUAUCUACAUGCCAGUGGCCUGCAAAUAAUGGAACCUUGACCCAGAGGUUGAUAUCAUCAGUUACAUCCCAACCAGCCAUUAAUGUUCAUACUAUUUGGGAGAUACCAGGAGGGGAAUUCUUCAUUAGCAUUCCCAGCCCCAAGGGAGAUGAUUCGGCUGAUAUAAAAUCCCACAGGAUGUGUCCCGCUAAACCUCUUGAGUCCACACCUGGCAAAGUAGCAUCUGGAAGUGUCAUGGCCGACAGAGAGGAGCAGACGUACUGUCUACAUUGUGUUUCUACCAUCAAGGAGAAGAGGGGAGAUGAGCCUGACAGAGACACUGGCACGUUAACUUCGCUUGGAAACCAAGCAUGCAAGACAUGCAGCAUGAGGAAGUUCAAGGUCGCAGUCAUUAAUGUCUACUUUGCCUGUGUUUUCAUUGGUGAGUCAACAUAGAGAGCAGGCAGUCUCGAGCCAGACAUGAUCCUACUGGAACAUCUUCAAGUGCAGGAUGGUAUUUGCAGAUGUUGAAGGAACUGUUAUUUUGUGAAGACACAAACUCUCUGACUUCUGAUGUUCUCCGAAGUCGAGGCUUGUAAUGAAAAAGAUUUUACUUUGUUCCCUUGUCUGCCCAUCAGCCCAAACAUCAGAACUACUUUCAUUCUUGUCGUGAACAUCUACAUAGGGAAUAUUCACCGAUGAGAAUCUAACAGACUAUUUGAUUCAGGUUAACAUUCAGCUGAUCACAAACUGAAGUCCAGAAACAGUUUCAAUAAAACUUUCACUUAACUUUCUUUUCCCAUGUUGGAAAGAAAACCCCAAUUGUCAAAAUGAAUUCCAAUCCACUACUAUCAACAUAAUUCAUUUAGAAGGGAGGGCCAUUUUUGAUUAGAAGAAGCUGACACAGUAUCAAAGUGGGAGACCACUAGAGCUUAAGGGCUGAUCUUUACCUUCCCCGCCAGCUUGCUAUGAAUUUUGUGUAAUUUCUUAUACAUUUC